AUGAUAUCCUCUUUUACCGAAAAAGCGGCGGCGCUGGAGGCCGAGGGGGUAUACAUCGGCGGAUGGAGCGCGAAGAACGUCCUCUCUCCUCGGAAGGAUACACAUGGGGAAUAUGACACCUCCGAGGAUCGCAUCGAGCGGCUCACUACCGCGAGAAGCGACUGGACAGAUGCAGAAGAAAGGCGUCUCGUUCGCAAGCUUGAUGCCCGCGUUGUCUUCCCGAGCUGCGUCGUCUAUGUGCUCGCGUAUCUUGACCGGUCGAACCUCGGAAAUGUGAAGAUCCUCCAGUCUGAUACCGCCGAUUCUCUGGAGACAAGCCUAGGGCUAAAAGGGAUAGAAUUCAACUGGGCCGUCUCUGUUUCAUACUUUGCAGUCACUGCAAUGCUGAUUCCUGCGAUGUUGAUGCUGAAGAAGCUGUCGGCCAAGACCUUUUUUCCUCUUUGCAUGGUUACUUGGGCCAUUAUUAUCAUGACAAUGGCAGCCUGUACCAAUGCCGCUGGACUUAUUGCUUCUCGCGUCUUCCUCGGUAUCCCAGAGUCUGGUGUCGUUACUUGCGGCGUCAUGUAUUUCAGUUUCUGGUACAAACCAAAAGAAAGAGCCGUGCGGAUCGGUGUAUUCUACAGUUCCAACUCGAUUGCGCAAGCCAUCUCGGGAUUCCUCGCGGUUGGGAUCAACAAUCUGAAUGGUAAAGGAGGCCUCAAGUCAUGGCAAUGGGUGUUUAUCAUCGAGGGUGCAAUGACGAUAGUCGCUGCGGUCCCGAUAUACUUCCUCCUGUUAUCGUUUCCGGAGACUUCCACUGCACUCACUGCUAGAGAGAGGCACAUAGCAAUCAAUCGCUUUGGCCGUGGAAGCACCCGCCAUACAGACGUGACUUGGAAUACGAACGCCUUCAUUCAGAUAAUAACACGCCCGUCAAGCUACAUGUUUUUCCUGGGGUACGUCUGCAUUGCCAUCGCUGCUGUAGCGCAGGCUACUUUCUUACCAACUAUCCUGCACACAGUAAGAACUGUCGUAUCCACAUAUAACCUUCCAACUAAUGUCAAGCAGCUCCUUGAAUUCCCAACCCAAAAAGCAAACCUAUACACCGCGAUCGUCAAUCUCGUAGCCGUCCCCCUCUACUGGAUCUACCCAUUACAUUCCGACUGGACACGCGAACGAAUGUGGCACUUCAUCAUCCCAGUCCUAGGCUCCAUCCCGUGCUACGCUGUAUGGACCUACACCAGCCUGCACCCAGACACACACAGUAUCAGCUACAUGUCGAUGUACGGAAUGGCAUUCCUCGGACAGCUUCUCCUAGUCUCCCAGCCCGUCCUGCUAUCGUACCGCAGCGCAACACUUUACGGCGCCGCCGAGCAAGCCGUGGGUACGUCUAUCGCUGUGGCCGCGUUGUCUAUCGCCAGUAUCAUCGCUCCGCAGAUGUAUCCUAACUCUGAUGCGCCGUACUAUCUAAAGGGGUUCUCCGCUACUGUGGCUUUGCUCGCAGGCGGGAUCGUUUCUUAUCUUACGAUCCCGCUGUGUUUGUAUGUCGAGGCGCGGAGAAGGAAGGUUAAGACGGGCCAGUCUUUACCGGUGCAGGCUGUGGUUGAUGCGGAGAGGUCUGAAGCUGAGACGAAAGAAGCUGUUACUGUUCAGGUGUCCGGUCCGGAUGGUGUGUAG